AUGUCGGAUACCACGCUGAUACCGCACACCUCGCUGUGGGCAAACAGAAAAUGCCUACUCAUCUGCACCAUCGUUUCUAUUGCGAACAUGCAAUACGGCCUUGACUCAGCGGCCGUCGGUGGUUUACAGGCAAUGCCCGGGUUUCUCGUUGUUUUCGGGUACCCCGACCCCACCAGUCCUGGCGGGUAUGCCAUUGGUGGAACUUUUCAGCAACUCAUCAGUAGCCUGCUGACGCUUGGAUCUUUUCUAUCCUCCCUUACGGCCGGAGUGUUUGCGCAUUUCUACGGCCGCAAAACAGCGCUUUGGACGGCGUGCGUGCUCAAUGCUGUUGCCUGCAUCAUCCAGAUCUCUACCGAGAAUAAAGGGGCCGUGUAUGUUGGACGUCUGAUACUCGGCUUUGCCAAUGGGUUCCUUGUCACCUUUUCCAAUAUUUACACUUCUGAGGCAUCGCCGGCGCAUCUGCGCGCUAUCAUGGUGGCUCUGUUUGCGUACUGGGUGAACAUUGGCAGUAUCGUCGGCGCGGCCAUCACAAACGCGGUCAAAAAUAGGUUGGACAAAGCAUCCUACCAGAUACCCAUCGGAACUUUAUUCAUCGUUCCCGUCUUCCUGUCAGCUGGGCUAUUCUUCGUCCCUGAAUCCCCGCGGUACCUUCUCAAUAAAGGCAAAACGGAACAAGCGCGUAGAGCUCUGGAGACUCUCCGCGGGGACUCAUUAAGCGCAGAGCACCUCGAACUCGAAUGGGCGGAGAUGGUGAAAGGAAUCGAGGAAGAGAAGCGCCUGGCAACCACUGUGGGUGUGCUUGACAUGUUCAGAAACACGGACCUGCGCCGCACGCUCCUCUGUUACGGGAUGAUCGCCUGCCAAACUGCAUCCGGCAUCUGGUUCUUGAUCAGCUACGCCACAUACUUCAUGAUUGUCGGCGGCCUGACGGUUGACGAGGCGUUCAAGUUCUCAGUCAUGAACACUUGCAUUGGCUUCAUCGGGGUCAACGUCGGCAUGUACGCAAUGCGGCACUUGGUUGGACGAAGGACCAUCCUCAUGUUCGGCGCGACGUUUUGCGGCCUCUGCAUGCUGGCCCUGGCGAUUGCCGCAUCGACUGCUACGAGUACGGUAGUCUUGCGCGAUUGCUUGAUUGCCUUCACUGCCCUGUUCUUCUUUGGCUACAACUCUUGCGUGGGCGCAGCAAGCUAUCCUGUUGCCACAGAGCUGGGUGCAAAGUAUGGCUACAUUUGGGCAGCUGCAAACUUCCUUUGCGUGGGGUUUUUCUUCUUCUGCAUGCCCGAACUCAAGGGUCGCACGCUCGAAGAGAUCGACGAGCUUUUCCUGAACAAUGUCUCGGUUUCGAAUUUCCCCAAGUACCGGACAACCAUUGGAGAUGUGGUGGCGCAGGAGGUAAAGGACCACGCUGGACUCUCUGACCAUAAGUCGGGAGGAGCUACUGAGCAUGUGGAACAAGUACAAUGA